AUGAAAAUUCAACUCGCCAUUCUUUUCAUUUUUGCUUUGAUGAUUUGUGAUGUGAUUUCUGCGGAAUCGGAGAAAACUUCCAAACUCGUUGGAAAGAAAAUGGGACGUCAUAAAACUAAAAUCCGCAAUCUAGAAGAUGCACAAAAAGGAGAAAGGAGAUCUCGUUUCCCAAGAAGGCUCAGUCAUGAACAAUGGAACUACUAG